GCAGUGUGAAAAAAGGACAGGAAACUGUUCGGCGCGUAAUUGUCGAAUGUGAGUCUCGUUGCGCUGUGCAAGGUUUUGAAAGCCCUGCUGUUGCAUUUCUGCGGCAACUCCAUGAGUUGAGAUUGAAAGCCGUUUCGGACGAGGCAAGAAUACGAGGGAAGAACACAUCGCUGUGAAUGCUGACUGCAUGCUACAUACACUAUUCAGGGUAAAUGGGAUUUCACGUUCACCAAGCAGUAUGUAAAGAUUGGUUGAAGGAUGGAGAAAACAGUUUUAUCUGCUACGCUGCUGGUCCUGAGCUGUCUCGGUGUAUCUUUGGUUCAUGCGGACAGUCUGUCAGCUCCUCUCAAUGUGACGAUCAAGGAGCUUAAGGUGAACUCUGCGGUGGUGACGUGGGACAUCUUCGAAGGGGACCCCGUCAUUGGAUUUGCCAUUACUCAGCAGAAGAAGGACGUCCACAUGCUGCGCUUCAUCCAGGAAGUGAACACCACAACCCGCUCCUGUGCAUUAUGGGAACUGGAGGAGGACACAGAGUACAUUGUGCAUGUGCAGUCUAUCAGCCUGAGUGGCUCCAGCCCUCCCAGUGAGCCUGUGCGCUUCCGCACCCCAAAGGAGGCUGAGAAACUGGCCUCCAACAGUGCAGACGAGGUGACCAUACAGCAGGUGGGCCAGAGCGCCCAGCUGCGAGCAGGGGAACUGAUCAUCAUCGUGGUGGUGCUAAUCAUGUGGGCAGGUGUGAUCGCUCUAUUCUGCCGCCAGUAUGACAUCAUAAAAGACAACGAACCAAACAACAACAAGGAUAAAGCCAAGAACUCGUCCGAGUGUAGUACUCCAGAGCACCCAACGGGGGGGCUGUUGCGCAGCAAGGUCUAAUCAACCAGCCCCCCCAACCGCCAACCCUCAGCCCCGAGCAGCUUCCCAAGAGCUGCCAUACUGCCCAUAUUCAUGCAAAGGGAUUCCACAUCAUCAGAGAUUCCAAAUCAAGGGGAAAACCAAACACAUGGCAUUCUGGGAAGAGAAAUAAUGGGAGUGUUCUCUCAGCCCCGCUGUCCCAGCCCACCCCCUCCUGCCUCGCAGGCCGUGGCCUGAGCAGGGAGCUCCUGUGGGUACACAGCAUCUAUGGCGAUGCUGAGUAGGACCUGUGGGACUCUUCUUAGUGAAAAGUCCUUCUGCGGGGCCAAACCGCCACCCAGAGUGCACCUCUCUUCUCCAGUGCACCAGCGCAGAUAAGGUGAAAUCUGUCAGCCAUGAAGAAGUAGGCAAUGAAUACACUGAUGUGGGGAGGAAAGGAACAUUUUUCCCAGCUUUCUCUUCUUAUCAGUAAGCGAGGACUUCCACUUCUCACUGCCGCUGCCUUCUCCACUUUUUAACUUCUGCUUUGUUGAGGUGGGAGAGAGUUACUUCGAAUUAUCCAUUUUCUGUUUAGAUUUUUUAUAACUCUCUCUCUCUCUCUCUGACAUUCUACUCUUUUUCUCCUCUUUACGCUGGUCAUCCUUUCUCUCUUGUCUCUUUUUCAUAGCUACAUUUAUGAAUGGCGUUAGUCUGAACCUCAUUAGACAAGUACCGUUAUUUGAAUGAAAGCUAUUUAAACUGGCUGUAAAGUUUCUACAUUCUGAAAUUAUAUCCUGAAACCACUGAAUAGUCAGAUCUCUUCAGUAUAAGAGAUGUCUGUUAUCAAUGAGCACAUAACACAGAUUUCUUCCUUAAACAAUAUUAUUUAUUUUAGAUCAUUUUAUGAUGAUUAUGGUUCUGGUUCUGAUUGAUUAUGAUAACAAAAACUAUUACUGUCAUUGUUAGUAUUAGUAAUAGUAGUUUAAGUAGUAGCAACACAGUAUUAUUUUGGUCAGUUUGAAUACUUCAUUUUUCAGAAACAACGGCUGCUAAUACAGUAGUUGGUGAAAAACAUUCAAAUGUCUGCCAUCUCUGCAUUUUCCCCCACUUAAUGCUUCAUCUGUUUUCUUCAUUCUGUCAUAAGAAAGCCAGUCUGUGAAGGUUUGUGAUCUGUCAAAUUUAGACAUUUCUCUAAAAGGCGUUUGUAAACUAUGUAAUACCUUCAAAUCAAAUCUCCAAUAUUACCCUGAGAAGAGACUUACUCAGUUUUGUAGAUAUUUUUGUAGCGGGGGUCAGCAUUGUUCUUCUUGGCAGAGCAGAGUUGACCAUUGUUGUGACCUUAGUCAAUGUGUACGUCUUUAGUUCCGACAAGUUGACCAAUGAGUGACAAUGGCGAGGAACAACUAUUCAAGAUAAAAUGGAGUCCAGUGGUCUAAGCUGACGUUUUAAACAGCCAUUUUCAUUGAUUCAACAAGAUUUCGGUUAACAGCAAUAAGCCCAAUGUCAAAGCCAAGGGACAUGAUUCACAAGGCCAGACAGCUCAGGCUCUCCAUUGACAGGCAGAGCACAUGGAGGAACUCCCCUCUCAUCAAAAGUUCAUUCCAUCGCAAGCUUUGUCUGAUCAAGAGCCCUGUCAUCUUAGCCCCGUACUGCCAGUGGUGCUGCCCGAGUUGGCAGGCUGGUUAAUAACCUCACUGCUAAGGACACAAGCUGUAACACUGAAAUCAACUCACUGAGAUAAUGAACAGUGGAAUGACCUUGGUUUGAAACUGUGAAACUGUGUAGAGGAAACUUUUCUUUCAUACAAAAGACUUUUACAAUUGAAACAAACUGCACAAAUGAAAGUGAAGUUGUGUGUAAUUGGUCUGUACAGCACAUACUGGUGUGGUCAGCUGUGACUUCAGGUUGAACCAGUCUGGUUCCAGCUCAGCAGUGGUAGAGUGACCAGAGUCUCAGUGGACCAAUAUGUCAACACAACAGAGUGAACGCCUCAACGCUUCUCAAAAAGCAGUUUUCCUGCCCAGCUGUAAUUUCUUCUCUGAACCGAUCUGAAAAGUGUAACACAUGCCCUUUGACUUUUUGACUUUUUGGGAAAAGCACCACCCUCCAUGCCAUUGUACCAUCAUCUCCAAGAGGCAGCAGGAUGUCUGUUGUCGCUUUACCAUCGCCAGCGGUUUUUCUGUCCACCAGGCCACCAACUCCCUUUGCCUUUUUGUCAUUGGUGGCCCUCCUCUCCAUCACCAGACAGGAGGUGAGUGAAUUAAGAGGAAGCACAGAGCAGGCAAGCUCUGUCCCUCUAUCGCCCUCUACAGCACAGUGGCUCGAUUGCACCUUUCCCUUCCGCCAGGACCAGAAAUUGGGCUUUCAUUGGGUCAUCUGUUGGGCUUUCAACAUGUAGCAGGGCAGAUACUUUCCUCAGCCUUGCUCUAUGGAUCAUGGGCCCUGUUCGUGUAUAUGAAUAUGACAAAGCCAAAAGUCUGGAAUACUGUAAAACUGCCUUAAAUUCCAGGCAGGGGUUUGUUAUUAGUUCUGUCUCUUGACAAGGGAUUUUUCCUUUUUUAGGUCCAAUAACCAGUUGCUGAUGUGUAUGUGGAGCGGUUGGUUGAAAAUUGUGUGAUAUUACAGACUUUAAUUUGUAUUAUUGUAUUAAUUUACAUUGCUGCAUUCUUUUGUCUCAUCUGUAGAAACUAAAAGGCCUACAUUUGGUUGUGAAGAUAUUAUGGACAAAUUUAGUGAAAGCAGUAUUAGCACUGGGGCUCUCCUGAUCUCAAUGAUGGUUGUCAACAGUUUUCUGCUAUUAUAUUUGGUUCCAUCGUAAUCCUGGCAAUCUGUACUUAUGAAUAGUUUUAGUGUUGUUCAAAUCAAAAUGAAAGCCAGCUUGCUAAAGUUUCAGAUAAGCUUGACAUUUUUUUAAAUAAAAAAAGGCCAACACCCCUGGUGAGAUGUAUAACAAGUAGGUAUACAGUAUAUGGUAUCUGCAUAUGGUAUUUGCAUAUUUACAAAGCAACAUUUAAGGUAUUCAAAAGGAAUUCAGAAGAUAAAAUGUAGAAGGAAUUUUGAUUUGAACAAAGAGGCUUCCCUGAAAUAUUAUUCCAGGGCUACUCAUUACAGAGUAGUGACCUCAGCUGCUGUAUUGUUGGGGGAGUAUCGGUUAUCCUCAGUGCCAGUGUACAGUAUUUACUUCAAAAAAGGAAAUGAAAAUUGAAAUACAGGAGAAGUAAUGGAUGUUUGAUUCAUUAAAAACUUUGAGGACUGCUAUCAGGGCCUUUGAUUUUCCAUCCUCCAUUCAUGUCCUUACUGGCAAUAGAUCGCUUGACCCUGAGGGCAGAUUUCAGAUGCUUACCGACUUAUCGUGGAAAACAUCAAAUUAAUUUGUGGCCCUGACAGGAUAUAAAUGUAAAAUGUUAACUCCCAGGCAAAGCACUUAUCAUUUUACAGAUAACAGCCCGAGGUUUCCUUUACUCGUGUCUAUGUUUCGUCCCUGUCACACACUCCCGGUGUGAACCACACAUUUCUGUUUUAAUGACUGAUAAUUAACCUUGGCUGCAGGGACAACAGCAGGCAGUGGAAUGACAAAUAGGCAAUAUCAAUAUUCCACUCGUGUUACUUAUUUAAGGAAGCGAAGGGAGAAAGAAGAGAAGGGUGCCAGCAGAAUGAUGGCUGAUGUUUACAUUUUUUUUUUCUUUCUUACUUUCAGUUUCCCUCCCUCUUUGUCUCCAUUCUUCACUACCUCCCAAAAACAGUUUGAGGGAGAGACGGACUUUUACCAUCAGUCACCUCAACUGCUAUAGAGCAGAGGGAGGGAAAUGCAUUUGAUUGAUAUGUAUGCUCCAGUCAGACUUGUGCAGCACAAUGAGUUUAUUUUCUGCCACAUUAAAACUUAUAAAUGUUAUAUAAACUAAUAAACUGUGUAAAGCAUUCCUGAAUGACAGAAACUGUCUGAGCUUGAAACCAGUAGUGCAGUGGCCUUUCACUCGAUCAAUGCUUGCCUUCUGUAUUAGAGAUAAUGGAUGAAAUUAUCUGCUCGGAUGCUUCAUUUGAGCUGAAGGAAUUUUCCAUCGCCAUUUUUUAAUCCCGGAUGUAAGCACGGACACCCUUUCUGUCCUGUUUUGUGCUUUCUGUAAGCCCCUUCUUUGAAUCAGCAUGCAAAAGCUGAUGUGAAUGCAAGCUUAGUGGCUGUUGUAAAUAGAUUACCCACCAUUGAAUUCAAUGUGAAAUCUUUUGAGUAGACUCCGUCGCUGCAGUGCUGUAAGGAUGAGAAAUUUUGUAGAUCUGUAAUGGCAUUUGGAUAGUCACAGGCUUACGGUAGUUUCUCCCGUGCAGUGCAGGUAACAGGCCCAAAUAUGAACUGCUGGCAGCGACACGUAGCAGGGUUCAAGGCAAGUAAAAUCAGUCCUUUUGAGUUCCUGUUCCACACUAAUAGAUGACUUGGCCCAGGUUUAAAAUAAUAUGGUCCAUAGUGUCCAGUCGACAUUGGCUCAGGAGUUAAGAGCAAAGGUUGUUAAAUCCCGCCCUGGGUGUAUCAAAGUGUCCCUGAGCAAGACACCUAACCCCCAAUUGCUCCUAACGAGCUGUUUGGUGCCAAUCACUGUUGGUGUGUGAGUGUGUGUGUAUGGGUGAAUGAGAAGCAUCAGUUGUUUGGCGCUUUGGAUAAAGGCACUAUAUAAAUGUACCAUUUACCUGAAUGAGAAAUAACUUAUUGCUUUAGGCUAGGUUUGAAAUAAAGUGCUACAGAACUGGUUAUUUCCGCAUACAAACACAGUGCUUCACACAUUCAGCUCUUGUUUUAUAGAACAUCAGUACCAUUUAGCCAAAAUGAAAAUCAAGCUGUGGUUUGGGAUGAAACAUGCUGCAGUCAUAAUAAAGGAGGCUUUUCCUUCUUAUCUACACUCAACAAAUUGACACAAUUGUUUGUGACCAAAUUAUGAUUAAGAUCAUACAACGCCAAAGGUCUUUUACAAACACCAGCCCUUAUACAACAGUAGUAUUUUGAAUAGGAUGUUUAGUUUCAUAUAGUGAAGUGCUCAGUUGUAUUUGUAUAAUUACUGAAUAUCACGAUAGGACAGACAUAGUAAAACAUUCAAAAAUAUAUGGAUUGCUUUUCCCAGUAAUAGCACAAUUGAUUAGAAUGCUUAGCUGUUCCAUACAGCUCGGAUUAAUUUUCUUCCUGACAUUGAAAAAGGUUAAAGCUGUAUGUCAUGGAUAAUCAAAAUGAAUGAUCUGAUAUGACAUUAGAUCAUGGAAAAUCUCUCUCUCUCUCUCUCUCUCUCUCUCUCUCUGUAAUCUAGCUCAACAAGACCACUUACUCCUGUUGAACUUUAUUAUAGGCUAAAUAAUCUUUUCUGAUAUGUGCAUGUGUUACCAGAGGGAGAAUCUUUCAGUAGUGCUAAACAAAACUGGGGUUUAAAGCUUAGACCAUUCUGUGUUAAUAAGUUUCUCCUCAAACUCAGUUCUAACUCAACAUGAGACACAUUUGUAAACCAGCUUUGUAUUUCGUGAAAAUACAUACAAAGUUCAUAGAAUUACACAAAAUCAUUAUUUAAACACUUUUUCACCAAAAGGUCCACAACACGGCAUGGUAAAAUAAAAGAAUGAUAUUUUAUGUGAAUUAAAUGCUAUACAGUUUAUAUUUAGUGUAUUCAAACCAGUACAACUGUUCAUUAAAGCUGCUUAAAGAGGGCUAGCAUGUUUCCGCUUCAGUAUGCAAACACGUUACCCAAUUUCUAUUAAAAACUGCAUAGUGGACUAAUUAUGUAUCAAAUGUAAAUUGAAUAAAGUUAUCUAAUAUUUUCAA